AGUGUGACCGAUCAAAGCUCCGAAAAAUCCCGUUUUUAGUAUUUGGUAUUAUUAUUUGAUGUUAUAUUUUUAUUGGCAUUUGAGUUGGAACAAAAACGCAAGGCAAGUUGUUGGUGUUUUUCGCUGUCUGCAGACGGACAAAAAGUAAAAGAACGCAAAUCGAAAGCGCCGCGAAAGUGUUGCAAAAUCGCUUAACUCGCGGCGCCCUUGAAAUCGAGGAAGAAAAGCGAAAAAAGGCUGCGAGAGCUAACGCAAAAUCGAAGAAAAAACUGUGUAUGUGCGUGCGUGUGCGUGUGAGUGUAUGAGUGUGACGUGUGCGUCGCUGUGUGUGUGAGCGAGCUGGCAUGCAGAUGUAGAGAUGUGUGUGUGCGCUGCUGCUGCGGCUGUGUGUGCGUGUAAAUUGAAUAAGAAAACGAAGCACAAAAGGCACUGAUGGAAAAUUUAUAUGAAUAUCAUUUCUACAAUUUACUGCAAUGUGCUAGUAAAACUGAACCGAAGAAAUUGAUUAAUUCUACGAGAUAAAGCUGCAGAAAACCAACAAAUUAAAAACCUAAGCGUAAGCGUGUGACGACAAAGUGGAGAAGUGCAACAAAUAUAUGAAUAGAAUUUAGAUGAAUAGAAAUCCCAAGUUAACCAAGAUCACCAAAAUAUUUUCAUAAUUUAUAAGAAAUAUUUCAAGUGUGAUACCAAGUUCUGGAACCACAUCAGGCAAGCCUACUUUCGAAAACGAAUCAUCCAACUGCAGAAACUGAAUCAAAUCGAAUUGAUUCGAUUAACAGCUGUGCUGUACACAUGCACCGGUGUGUGUGAGGGGGCGCGCGCGUGUGCGUGUACGUGUACGUGAGUGAACCGUGUGUGUUCGCGUAUGUGUUAGUGUAUGUGUGUGUCGGUGUUGGUGGCGAAAAUUGAAACGCCCGCUAAACAAAGUCAAGCGCUAGAUGGCGCUGUCGCUGCCGCCUUUGACCAGUGCUGUUGUUGUUGUUGUUGUCGGUGUGCCACACAUUGUUGUAGUUGUUGUUGAUGUUGAUGCUGCAGCAGCAGCAGCAAACAAAACGCGGAAAGUCAAAUCAUAACCGCCCACCAGCCCCCCGCAACACGAAAAACCACCUCGCCCCAAUAAAUUACAAUUUACCAGCCUAACAAAAUCAACUCCCCCAACAAAUAAAUACACAAUUUAAUAAAGGAAUAAUAGGUAAUAGUCAAGAGUUUCGCAUUACCCAUCGUCGGUCGGUUCAAAUUGCAUCGCGGCGCGUCGCGAACGUUGCUAGUCCUCGUAUCGUAUCGUAUCGUAUUGUAUCGGAUCGGAUCGGAACGGAACGGAACCCUAUAGUACAGACGGUUACGGAUCAGAUCGGAUCAGUUGGCAGUCGGUGGCACCUGACAACGCAACGCUAACCGCUAUUAUGCAUCGGCGUCGUCGGUUGGCCAGUGCAACAAUCGCAUUCGAAUUGGCGGACGAGCAGCAGCUAAUGCAACAACUGACAGAACUUAAUUAAACAGGCUAAUAACAAAGGCUGUAUACAGUGUAUCGUAGUCCGUAGUGGAUACCCAACCGAAUACCAAAUCGAAACGAACCGCAAAGCUGGUAAAGCGUAACUUUUUCCGUGGCCCCAAAUAAUCCAAGAAUCGUUAGCAAUCCUGGAUUAUUUGCUAAAGACUUUGCGCACGCUGAAAUCCAAUUCGAUUAUGGCCGAGAAUCAAAGUGCGGCCAGCGAAGAUUCCGGUCACCAACAGCAACAGCAACAUCAGCAGCAACAGCAACACCAGCAACAUCAGCAACCACUAGCCACCACAUCAGUCACGGCCGCUUCAACCACAUCGGUCUUAGCUAACCAAUCGCCCACUAACUCGCAGGCCUCAUCCCCUGAAAAUUCCCAGGAAGCACUGCCCUUGCUGCGACGACAGCAAUCAGCCGCAGCAGCCACAGUAGCAGCAGCAGCAGCAGCCGCCGCCGCAACAGUUGCAGCCACAACCAGCAGCGCAUCGCAGCAGCAGCAUCGCAACAGCAUCAGCAACAUGUUUGAUCGCACGGUUAAUGCCAAGUUUAAGCCGGCCUCCUCAAAUGCGGGACCUGGCAACAAUCCGGGACGCAGGAACUCAAUGUUGACACCAUCCCGAGGAGUCAGUAUCGGCGGCACUGGCGGUAAUAUCCGCAAGCUGACCAAGGUCAGCUCGCUGACCAGCAACCAUCACUUUGCUGUGUGCUAUCCACCCAGCAACAUCUAUCAGAACAGCAACAAUGCCGGCAGCAAUUCGGCUUUGCAGCGCACCACCAGCGAAAGUUUGCGUCUAAACUCGCUGAGUCGCGUGGCAGCCGCAGCGACACCCACAUCGAUGUCCAGGGCCAGUAGUAACUCCAGCCUGGCCACAUCCACCUCCACAUCGCUGGCACCCAAGUCCAGCAGCAGCAGUGGUGGCAGCAACUCGACACCGCAGCACCAACAGCAGCCGGUGAGCAGUAGCAACAGCAGCAGCAGCAGCAACAACAGCUUCACCAAGGCCAGUUCGCCCAACAAUAAUGGAGCACGUUCGGUGGGCGGAGCAGCUGCGGCAGCUGCAACUGGCAUUGGCACUGGCACUGCCCCAGCCACUGCAGCAGGCAGUCAUCACCAUCAGCCACAUCACCACCAUCAUCAUCAUCAUCACCACCAUCAGCAUCACAACCACCAGCAGCAACAGCAACAGACUAGCCUCAGUCAAGGACACGCCUCGUUAACCGUCGCCGGUGGAUCAGCUGCAGCCGGUGGUGGUGGUGGUGGCGGUAGUGGAAGCUCCUCGGGGACCGCCGCUGGUGGCACCAAUCGCAAACCAAAGACGACUUCCUCAUUCGAGAUCACCUCGGUGACGGUGGGCCAUCCCAAGCUGAAUGCUGCCGGCGAUACUGGAGACGAGUCGGCCGACGAUCUGGACGAAUCUCACACGGAUGACAAUAGUCGGAUAACGGACCUGGAGAACGAGACGCCCUCAAUGUCGGAAGACACGUUCUCCAAGGAGGAGGUAUACUAUGCCAACAAUGCCCUCAGCACCAAUGCGCCGGUGAUACCGACUAGCUCGCAAUACGGCCUCGUCGUGGUGGAUCCCAUAGCACCUUCGCUGGGCCAGACGAUCCAGAACGUCCAGGUCAAUGUGUCGGAUAACAUUAUCAAUGUGGUGAGCGGUGCAGUCACACCGGGUGGCACCAAGAAGAAGGACGACAUCAAGGAGACGCAGCACCGCAGCGAGCGAUUCAAGGUGGUCAAAAUUGAGUCGACGGAGCCGUUUAAGCGCGGCCGCUGGAUGUGCAUGGAUUACCUGGAUCACUCGAGUGUGGGUAAUGGCGGUAAUAACAACGAAAAGACUGGCUCUUCUACUUCCGAGGCGCACCCAGCCACAACGGAUGGUGCAGCAGGUGUUGCCGGUGGGUCUGAGGCUCCGGCUCCGGCCCACAAGACCACACAAAGUAUGAUUCUGCCACCCACCCAGAAGCUGAACGAGAACCAUUUGGAGGCCACCUCGACCGAUGCCAACUGGAACUAUGCCGAGCAACAGCAGCAGCAGCAACAAACAAUAGUUGGCAAUGCCCUGACCAAGACAUUGCCCGUGGCUCUUCGCAACGUGAGUCGCAGUUCCUCGGUAACCCCAAGUCCUAAUGCCUCCGUCGAGUUCUUGUCUCCCAAUUUGCUCGCCCAGCAGCAACAGCAGCAGCAGCAGCUCUUCGACAGCGUGAAUGCCAAUGCUGCCAGUUCACCAAAUCCCGCCGGUGACCCCAACAACAUGGACUAUGCGCGAACGGCGGCGAUGCAACUGCAUCAAACGAUGCAGCAGCUCAAGCAGCGCGAGGACGCCAUGGACGUGCCGCCAGGUGGCUAUCCAAACUACCAAAAUGGGGGAGAUUCUGCUGGUGUGGCGGCCAGCAACAACAACAGCGCCGGAGCAGCAACUGGAGAGUCGCAGCUAAGCACCAGCUAUGUUGAGCAGCAGCAGCCAUUAUCCCCGGCACCACUAACGCCCCAGGGCGCACCCACAUUCGCGGCGGUUGCUGCCGGGCAGUCGCCCAACUUCCAAUUGGAGCCACAACAACAGCAGCAGCAGCAGCAAGCAACAUCGCAGAUAGAUGGAAUAGUCCCACAGCCAUUUAAUCCACAACAGCAGCAGCAGCAGCAGGCGCAGCAAUCAGCAGCUCCGCAAGCUGCAGCCACUGCAACAUCUGCAGUGGCUGCAGCACCACCACAACAGACUUCAAACACUUCCAAUGCAGCGGUAGUCAAUGUCCAGGGUCAGACAAUGCCGCUGUUAUCAAACAUGACCAGUUACGAGCAGCAGCAGCCUAAUCUUGGCGCAGCAACAGCAGCAACAGGAGGCGCAGCAGCAACAUCGGUGGCUGCAGCGCAAGCGAUUCCCACGCUGCAAUUGCAGAGUGCUCCCGCCACGAUUGCCGAUCCGCAGCAAUUGAUGGUGCCACAGCAGCAGAAGCAGCAACAGCAGCAGCAGGAGGAGCAGCAGCAGCAGCCAACACAGCAACAGCAGCAGCAACAACAAUCGCUUCCGCCAGCAAAUAUCGCGAGUGCUAGUGCCAAUAAUAGUAAUCUAAACCUAACGAAUACGAGUGUUGUGGCCACCGCCGAGGCAACAACAAACGCGCUGACCUUGACCGAUGAACAGGCGACCGCGGCAGUGGCAGCUGCAGUUGCGACCGGCGCUGCAGCAGCAACGCAGCAGCAAAUCCAACAGCUACAACAGCAACCAAAUGCAGAGUCCGAGACUGAAAGUGCAUCUGGAACAAGUGCAGUUGCGAUUGAUAACAAAAUCGAGCAGGCAAUGGAUCUGGUCAAGUCGCAUCUCAUGAUAGCGGUGCGCGAGGAGGUGGAAGUGCUGAAGGAGCGCAUCUCCGAGCUGAUGGACAAGAUCAACAAGCUGGAGCUCGAGAACAACAUUCUCAAGUCGAACAUCCCGCAGGAGACACUGCAGCAGCUGCAGAUGCAGCUUCAGAUCGCCGCCCCGCCGGCCACGCCCGCCAUUCAGGCGGCGCCGGCGGUACAGAGUGCCGUUGCUCCAGCUGCCGCGGGUCAGGCAGUUCAGCAGCAGCAGGCCGCUGGAGGAGCGGUAGCGGUAACGGGUGUGGCCACCAGUCCAGCGUCCGCGGCGGUACCCACGAGCAUUCCCAACGGCAGCGCCGAGAACGGCAGCAGUGCAGUCGAGUCAGCGGUAUCGGUGGAGCAGCAGGUGCAGCAGGUGACAUCAGCAGCGGCGGCAGCAGUGGUCACAGCCAAUGGUCCCAUGUCCUAAGCUGUUGCUGCUGUGGCCCCAAACACAGUGUUUGUUUUUUUAAGGCGCCCACGCACCACCGCGGUGUGGGGGGAAAAUGAACGUUUUUAAGAAUGAAAACCAACCGUAAUGUUAACUCAGCCGCAGUCUCUUUCUUAGCCGGAGGAGGCGGGGCCGAGUAGAGCAGCGAAAGUAUUGGGCCAAUAACAACAAGAACAGCAACAGCAGCGGCGGCAGACUCACCAAAAAAACAUGUUAAGCGCGUGUUAGGUAGACUAACCUCCGGUUAAGGACUGUUCUGUUGUUGCUGGCUGUUAAUCUGCUGCAGCCGCCGUUUUGUUAAUUUCUCGAUUGUGAUAUUUGUUUAACACCCACACAUGCAGACCACACAACCACACACACACACGCCCGCAUUUACACACACAAACAAAAACAACCACACACACACACACACAUCCACAAGCACACAGAUAGACUGCACGCUAACAGCGGCUGCGGCUGGCGCUGUUAACGUCCGCUGUUAACUCGAAGCGAGUAUAGGAGCUCUUUUAAAUAUCGCGCUGCUGCGCCUCCACUUUUUGUUUAAUACUUUUUAUUUUUGUUUACCCGUUUGUUUCCGCGUUGUUAACGCUACGAAUAAAAGCAUAAGAAUCAUAAACAAACACACCCAGCACACCACACAACCACUCACCAAGCUGGCUGCAAAAUAAUACUUGAUGAAAGUAAAAUUUUUGGCCAACGGAGAAAAACAGCAGCAGAAAUUCAAAUACAAAUCGAUAAAGUGUUCUAGAGUGCCAGGGAAAAACACAGAAAAAGAAAAGGGACAGAAGGGAAAUUAAAUGAAAUAAUAUGUGAUAAUUUGCAUUGUGCAGUCAGAGACAUAAGAUGUAAAUUGUAAAAAAAAAACAAAAGCAAACCCGAGAAGCAACGGACAGGAAAGUAGGAUUCAAAUUUCCAAACAUUCAACAUUGAUCGAUAAAUACAAAUACAAUUUAGUGAAACAAGAAAAGGCCAGCUGCUAUUUUUAUAAUUUACCUUUAAUUCCAACUUUUAUUGUAAAAAUACAAGAGAAAAUAUUAACUACAUCAUAAAUAUGAAUAUGUUUCAAAUUAAACAAUGCGAUAACAAAACAAGUAGUAAAUUAUAGUAAUUCUAGCAUAUUCUCAAGCUAUAUUUAAAAGAUUGUAUAGCUAUUCAAGCAACAAAAAAAAAGAAAGGAAACAACAGCCAAACAAAAUAAAAGCUUAUCAAAAUUGUUUGUUAAACUUUUAAACUAUCUGCAAACGAAAAACCCAAAAAAUAUCUGUAUAUAUUGUGUAAAACUAAUAACUAAAAUUGAGAACAAACUUCAAAAGUCACGACGAUGAAGAUACAUUGCAAAGAAAAUGAAAACACACAAAAUCAACAAGAUGAAAAGCUAAAAUUGUAAGACAAACUCGUCCUAUUUUGUUAUAAUUAUUUAGUCGAUAAUUUUGCAUUACUCCUAGUUUGAAAAGUCCUUAAUGUUUAUACGAAAUCUGUUAUAGGAUUCCCCUACACAUCAUCUCUUUCGUUUCACACCCCGCACUCUCAGACCGACUAAACCCACAAACCCAAAAGAUAAACCACGAAAAGAUGCUGAACUGCUGCAGCCAUGAGAUGGAAGUGUGAAAAACUAAAGGGGGCAAAGCUCCAAAGAGGUCUCCCACCUCCCGGAGUUGCCCCAGUCCGAAGUUGGCCGCCCUGUAGACGCCAAGUUUUGCAAUGCCCAAGUGCACUCACUCGUUUGGGGCAGGACAUAGGAUCCUGCCCCAGAGAACACAAAAUGCAGCCUGCGGAGACUCAAAUUGUCUAGGGCUAGCGUGGAUUAAACAAGAAAAUGAUCAUCCAAAAUGGAAACGGAUUGAAAUGUGAAGAGAAAC